AUGACCAUAGUCGAUUUGGGCUAUAUUCAAGCUUUUGGAAGUGUAUGUAAUGCAGUUGGUGCUUUGGCUUUCGGACAGAUGGCCGACACUGCCGGACCGAAAGCAAUGUUUAUGUUAUCGGUUAUUUUUACAGCCAUCUAUUAUUCUGGCAUUUCUCUUGCAAAAUCCUGGUAUGGGUUCUUUUUCCUGCAGAUUUUACGCUUUGGAUAUCAAUUGGAUAGCACAGCAGAAAUGUAUUUGGCUACAGUAACCACGGAAAGAGAACGAACUGGAGCUCUGAUGAGACUAACCGUUCCGCAGGUGAAAUCAUUGAGAUCUCAUUUGGUAUACACCCGCUCCUAA